AUGAAGGGGGUACCAGGGCUCACCGCGUUGCUCUCCUGGCAGUGCGCCGCCGCAGCAGCCUCUUCCAUCCAAACCCAAAGGCAGAAUCCAAACACCACCACAACAUACGCCGACAGCACCGAAGUCUUCACCUUCGAGCUCCAGGCCAAUUUCAGCGGGUACUCAGCGCCAUGCCACGGGACGCGCAAGGGCGACGACAACAGCGGAUGGACACCAUGCGACGGCGAUAAAGAUAAUACCGAGGACCCCAGGUUCGCUGUCUUCUUCGACUUCUCGUCUAACGACUACCUCAGCGUCAACCACACGUAUAUAUGCGACCGCGGCGAUGUUGAAACGACCCGCACAACCGUCUCGCAAACGUUCUCGCCACAGGCGAUGGCCGCCUGCUAA